CUCACGGACGCGGAUGUCUGACGUAUCUCCCACCUCUCGUGCAGCUCGCGAAGAGGAGAAAAAAGAAAUGUACGCUAUCGGAGGCUUCACCUAUUCCUUGUCCUGGAUUAUAAAAUGGGCGAAGGAGAAUAUCAGCGACUACGACCUUCCUGAUGAUGACCCAGACCUUUAUUCACUCAAGAUUUUGAUCUUGGAUUGGUGGGGGAAACACUGGGAAGGAAACAAGAGGGUAUUACCAAAAUUGGUCGACUAUCCUCUGGCUCCGCGGGGUCAACUCCAGCCAGACGAUAACGUCAUAUUCAUAAUCCCACUUGCGGAAGCCUUUGUAUAUGGAACACACCGCGACUACACGACCAUCGCACGCCCGCUUCACUCUGCUACAUAUCAAUACGGCGUCGGAUUCUUAUCGAAGCACGGCUUUAUAGUGAAUGAUAAAGAGGCGAAAAGCAAUGAAUGGGGUGGGACUGGGGAAUGGAUCACUUAUCGUGGUCCUCUCGACUAAGCCGACAUUCCGGCACAAAGCUGAAUGAACUAUCGCCAAGAAGGAUGUAUAUAUCCACCAACAUCUAAUAGUACUUGUUUGAUUCUGUGAAACCCGUUUGUAAAACAC